UGAUCUGGCACGCAAGGCGCUCCAACAUCAGCAACUGAGCCCGAGAGGACAACGGCCACAAUCUUUCACCUCAUAUGCUGUUAUCCACAGCUGUCGAUAAAAAUGUUGCACAUUGGCAAUCAAUAGACCUAGCGACAUGCACUCCAGAGGGAAACACGAUCGCUAAUUCACCAAGCUGUGCAGACAGCGGCAGAUCAAAUUACCCGUUCGCGUUUUAUUUUGUUCAUUUUUUCCCGACAGAAACAACUUCUGAAAAUGGUGGACACCCAGAGACUGUACAUUUGGCCCUAAGGCCUUGCACUUGCGUUUUGCGGAAAUUAUUGGCCUUGCUGUAACCAAUAGGUUUUCGGCUUGGUCAUAGUUAUCUGGCUUGUUUGCUUGCCUUGGGUAAGUAAGGUGAAACCCUUAUACCGCAAAUGGAAAUCGAAUAAUCGGAAGACGGCUAGACCCCGAUCCAAUGCAAAGUUGCCCCUUCGCACCCGGAUAUUACCUACAAUUGUAAAAUAUUACGAUUGGAAGGGAAGAUGUGGUUGAAACUAUUUUUCUUGCUGCUGUACUUCUUGGUGUUGUUCGUUUUGGCGAGGUUUUUUGAAGCCAUUGUUUGGUAUGAAACUGGUAUAUUCGCCACUCAGUUGGUGGAUCCCGUAACACUGAGCUUUAAAAAACUGAAAACGAUCCUGGAAUGCCGAGGGUUGGGAUAUUCGGGACUGCCAGAAAAGAAGGAUGUCCGGGAGCUGGUCGAAAAAUCGGGCGAUCUGAUGAAGGGAGAACUGUACUCUGCGCUGAAGAACGAGGAGGAGCAGGCCGAGGCCGCCUCGAGCACCACCUUCACUGGCGAGAUGCACUUUUACGAACUAGUGGAAGAUACGAAGGAUGGCAUCUGGUUAGUCCAGGUGAUAGCCAAAGACAGAAACCCUCUGGUGAGUAAAGCCAACUGGGGGAAAAUGGUCAAAAAGGUGUCCCAGUUCGGCAUCCGGACAGGUACUUUCAACUGCUCCAGUGACUCCAGGUACUGCCGUAAGCGGGGCUGGCUCAAGUCCACCCUGAUCAUGUCGGUGCCACAGACCAACACGUCAAAGGGCCGGGUUAUGCUGAAGGAGUACGGCGGCACCCGUGUGGAGACCGAGCACAUCUUCAAGUGGAUGACGGCACACGUGGCCUCACGCAUCAAGACCAUCCGCACGCCACAGCAGCUGCAGCAGGAGUGGCAGCGUGGCGAGCGCCACCUGCUCAAGAUGUUCCUCAUUGCCGAGCUGGUGCAGCCGCCGGCGUUCUUCUCGGCACUCAGCGUCAAGUUCACCGGUCGCAUCGAGUUCAUCUUUGUGGACGCACAGGGCUGGGGCAAGGAGAGCUGCAUGCGGGAAAUAGGCGUGCCCCAGGUGCCCUCAUAUGUGCUGAAGAGCCCUGAGGGCAUGUACCGCUAUGGCAACAGCACUGGUGAAUUCAUCUCACUCCAUGCCAUGGACACCUUCCUGCGCUCAGUGCAGCCAGAGGUCAAUGACCUUUUUGUGCUCAGCCUGGUAAUGGUCAACCUCAUGGCUUGGAUGGAUCUGUUCAUUACGCAGGGUGCCACGAUCAAGCGCUUUGUGGUCCUUAUCAGCACCCUGGGGACCUACAACUCCCUGCUGGUCAUCUCCUGGCUGCCCAUCCUGGGCUUCUUGCAGCUUCCUUACCUGGACAGCUUCUAUGAGUACAGCCUAAAGCUGCUCCGAUAUGCGGACACCACGACACUGGCCUCCUGGGUGCGGGCAGACUGGACCUUCUACUCCUCACACCCAGCGCUCUUCAUCGGCACAUACCUGGGCCACGGCCUGCUCGUCGAUUACUUCGAAAAGAAGCGGCGGCGUGGCAGCAACGAGGAGGAAUUGAAUGCCAACAACCUGGAGUGGCUGUCCAGCCUGUGGGACUGGUACAGCAGCUACCUCAUCCACCCCAUCGCCUCCUUCCACAACCUCCCCCACGAGUCUGACUCUGACUGGGACAACGACCCCAGUCUCCUGCUUGAGCGGCUAGCCUUCCCUGACCUCUGGCUCCACCCACUUGUCCCCACCGACUACAUCAAGGGCCUGUCCACGUGGCGCUUCCAGUGUCACGACGGGGGUGGGGACAUGGACGGGCAUGGCCGAGGUGGUGGCGGUGAGUCUGAGGGGGAGUCCCAGGGUGAGCGGGAGGAGCCUUUGGAUGAUGACCACUGCAGUGCUGAGGACGGGGACGGGGAAGGGGAAGAGGGGGGGGAGGCAGCCUAUGGGGGCAGGGCUUGCAGGGAGAAGGGGGAGCUGGUAGAGGCAGACUGGUCCUCCUGGCCUGCCUGCAUGCUCCGCUGCACAGAGUGCGUGGUGUGCCUGGAGAACUUCGAGGAUGGCUGCCUUGUCAUGGGGCUCCCCUGCGGCCAUGUGUUCCACCAGCAGUGCAUCGUAGUCUGGCUGGCGGCAGGGCGCCACUGCUGCCCUGUCUGCCGGUGGCCGUCCUAUAAGAAAAAGCCUGACAGACCAAGGGUGGUUCACAAACAGCGCCCCUAGUGGAGAGGAGGGUGUGUGACUGGAACGCUGCUGCUCUGGAACCUGCUUCCUGCUCUUGACUUCUCUUAAUACUUGAUGUGUCAAUCUUAGUCGUUAGAGCUCUGUUAGACUGUUUUUCUUUUUGUGGUUUGAUCCUUAUUUUAAGGCAGACAGAUUGGGAAGAAAAAGCUGAUGUUAUACUAGAAGCAUUAAUAUUGGGGAAAAACAUUUGGUUGCCUUGUACUUAAAAGAAAUUAACAUGAAAGCAGCUCAAAGUUAAACUAAAAAAACUCAGGCACCUUGAAACAAAACCACAAGAAUUAAAAGGUCACAUUCAAAGAAGUUCCUUUUGCUGUCAAAUCUCAGAAAGGAGAGUAAACUGAAAUCUUCACUAUUAAGCUUCACUAUUAAGUAUAUACUUCUGAAAACAUGCCCUGUGCCCUACUAAACACAGGUUACUGUAAUUCAGAAUUUUGCUUCAAAGCAUUUCUUUCCCUCGUCUGGUUGAAUUCUGUCCCAUGUAUUUUCUCCUCCAAGUUAUACCUCCAAAGGCACAAGAAAGAGACUACAUUUCAGAGAGAAUUUAGUUUCAACACAUUGUGAAACUAGCAGCAGCUUGCUGUUAUUGAAAUGACAGGUGCUUUUGGAGAACAGCCUGUAAUCUGUGCUGAUCUACGGGGUACCUCCUCCUGGUUCUGCAGGCCAGAAGCAGUAGGACUGAUAGGAUAGGUGUGAUAGAAGACUGUACUUUGGCAUCCUCUGCCCUGUUUCUUCACCCUGCCUAUAGAGCUGAGGAGGGGUGUCCAAAACAACAGUACAUUAGAUAGCUGGGGGAGGAGGGGAUGAGCCGGUUUGAGAUAAGUAGUAUGGGGGUUUGUAAGAACACAGUUUGUGCCCAUCCCAUAAUUCUCCCUUCUGCAGCCUCAUGUGGAGAAGCCUCUCUCAGCUUUCUUCGAGGUCCAGGAAGCCUCCAUGGGUGUGUCUGUGGAGAAGACGAGCCUCUGGAGAAAGGUUACGCAUGUGUCCGUCACGCCUCGGCAGCCCUCCAGCUUACGGGGGCUGGGCACUUUGGAACCCGAGAUGCAACAGCAGAGGGUACCAUGGUGGCAAAGGUUUGCAGUGCACGUCAGGCGUGAGGCAUAGGCAUCCGUGCGAUCCAACUGUGGUGCGCUUUGCCUGUCACUGUAAAUGACAGCAAGGGACAUGUGUAUUCGCUCAGCACAUGACACUCUUUUUUUAACUUCAACACCUGCUGACUGUGGUCUGUGUGAAACAGUGGAAAACAGUUAGAAAUUGGUCCUUGCGGUUAAGGACUGAGUGCGUUCUUGGUGGAUUGAGUUGAUGUUGAAGAAACCGGUCAUAAUUGGUCAUGCAUAGUGAGAACCACUCCACACCCAACCCUGAAAAAUGGACUACAUUAGUACACUGCACAAGUAUUUGCUCAUUAUUUUUCAAAUCCAGAUAACAGGUAAUUGUUUGCACCAGGUGCACAUCAAGACUCAAACACUAAGGACAACGAUAGUUCCUGUCAUUGUUGUUAAUGACAGCUUUGAAACAUGGAAGUGAGUGUUACAUGUGUAGAGUUGUCACUGUUCUUUGAAUUUGACCAAGAGGGAACCAAAUGUUUUUUUUUAUUAUGAUUAUUGAGGAUUGUGGAAAAAGAGCCAAAUAUAUAUGUAAAAUCCUAAUUUUAA